CUGCGAAGCAAAGGCAGAAGGCCGAUUCCAGGCAGAGAAAGCAAGGGUUUGCCCCGUGCCGGUCCGUGCCGUGCCCGGGCAGCGCCCCGGGAGCCGCCCCGCCCGCGCUGUGCCCGCAGCCCCGGCUUUGUGCCGCUCGUUCCCGCGCGGGGCCGAGCGCAGCGCCCCCCUCAGGCCGCGCGCCGCCGCUGCAGCUGCGGCCGUUGCGCUGCGGCCGUUGCGGCGCCAGUGGGCGACAGGCGCGAUGGCCGAGCUGCCGCUGCCCGCCGGGCUCGAUGCCAGCACCUUCCCCGCCAAGCUGUGGCGCCUGGCGAACAGCCCCCGCGUCCGCUCCGUGCGCUGGGACACCCAGGGCCGGGGGCUGCUCAUCGACCGCGCCCUCUUUGAGCAGGAGCUGCUCAGCCCGCCCGGCGCCGACGGGGCGGGCAGAGAGAGAGGGGCGGCGGUCCCGGACUCCUUCAAAGCCACGCACUUCGGCAGCGUCGUGCGGCAGCUCAAUCUGUACGGCUUCCAAAAAGUGCUGGGUUGCUUUGGCGCGGCUGUGCCGGGCGAUGCUGGGCCCAUCGUGCACUUCCAGAAUCCCAACUUCCGCCGCGACCGCCCCGACCUCCUCCUGCGCAUCAAGCGCCUGACCAGGGCCAACAGGCAGCGGCUGGCAGCCGGGCUGGAGGUGCGCGGCCGCCAGCGCAGCCGCUUCCAGCAGCUCAACACGGAGCGGCCGCUGCUGGACUUCCUCGCCGGGCACCCCCCCAGCGCCGCUCCCUCAUACCAGCACCUCGGUGCUGUCUCACCUGAGGGUUUAGAGCUGCCUCCCAGACCUCCCAAGGCAAGCCCAGGGGCUCAGGAGUCUGACACUUCUCCACCACCUCCCAAGAGAAUGUUUACCACCUCUGGACUUCCUGGGGUCUCAUCAGAGGAACCAGGCACAUGGAAGUUUCCACUCAAGCGUGAGCUCAUCAUUCCACUGGUUCGCAUGGACCUUAAACGCCACCCUGAGCUCAUGGUUCCACUGGUUCCUGUAGACCGUCAGAGAACUUCCGUGGCCCUUCCACAGAAGCGCAGCUGCACAUCUUCAGAGCAGCACACCCCAGCCUACAGCCCAUCAGCCACACCGGGCAGCUCAGCCCCCAGUGCUCCACCUGGCAGUGCUGGUUGGGCAGCAUGGACGGCCUCCAGCUGGGCUUGGAAUAGUCCUGGGCAAGAGGAAUUGCCACCCCUGGAUCUCGACCUUGUUCUUGAGACACUGGAGGAGAUGCUGUCACCAUCCCUGCCUGAAAGGUCUCCCUGUGCUCAGGUCAAUCUUAGUGUUGCCCCUGAGUCUUCAGGAGGGGAGGCCGGGAACAGGGCUGCAGCAGAGGGAGCUUUGCCUGGCGCCAUGAGCUGCAGAAAGAGUUCCCUGGAGCCCGAGGAGCCUGAUAUCCAUCUGAUCUACCUCUCCAGGAGGGCUGCCCUGCGUGGGAGGAAGGGACCGAGGGAGAGCCUGUGACCAUCGGGCAGGUGGAAUCCCUCUGUUUGUAGAUAGAUUUAUAGAUGUCUAUAGUUAUAUUUAUAUAUCCAUAUAAUUAUUUAUCGUAUUUAUACUCUACUUAUUAGUUACAUAUAGUAUUUAUAGAUUUAUACAGUUGUGUUUAUAGGUGCGUGUAUUUAUAGAUCUGUGUAGUUAAAUUUAUAUAGUUAUAGAUAUGAUGUAAUUAUAUUUAUACAUAGGCAGUUAGAGUUACAGAUUUGCAGUUACAUUUAUAUAUGUGUAGAGAAAAAUUUAUAUAUAUAUAAGUUGUAUUUAUAAAUGUACAGAGUUAUAGAGUUAGAGGUAUUUGGAUGUUUAGAUACAUAGAUUGAUGUUUAUAUAGGCCUAGGCUGCAUUCUAAGCUCUUUCUGCCCUCAGCCACCUUUUUAAUCUCUUGCUUUUGCCCCUGUGCCCCCUCUGUCCCCUCUUCCUGUGCUGGCUCCGAGCUGGCGGCCGGGCCGGGCGGAGCUGCAGCAGCUGCAGCCCCGGUGUCCCUGGAGCGGUGGGAGCUGCCGGUGGCCGCAGGCACUGUGCCCUGAGGAGCUGCUGGAGGACGGUGAGCCAGAGGGGGCUGAGGGCGCUGAGGAGGCAGUGACACUGAAAGGACGGUGACCUUGAGCUGCCUUGAAGACCUUGAGAAGAGCCGGAGAGUGACGAGAACCAGCAGGGAGAAGCGGAAGGCCACAGCAAGAGCAGCGAAUAUGGACCUGCUGCUGCCGCCCGAGACCCUGGGUGUCCCAUCUGCUGUCCCCGUCCAGGAGAGCUGCUCUGCACGGGAGGAAGAGACCGAGGGAGAGGCUUUGAUGAUGGGGCGGCUGGAAUCCCUCUUCUUGUAUCUCUGUUUAAAGAUGUAUGGACUUGCUCAUAAGAUAGUGACCAUUACAUGGACAUUUAUAUGUAGGUUGCUAUUUGUAUAGGUAUAUUUGUAUAUGUAUGUUGUUAUAUUUAUGGAUGUAUGCUAUGUAU